AUGGAGGCUAUGGUGGCUGGGUAUGGUCCUAGUGUUUUCGGAGCGCAAGACAUGGCAUUUGUCAGGAGCAUUUCAUGGCAUGUAUCGUGCAAGGCGGGCUUCCGACUCGAUCUAUGGAAGCCGCAGAAUCAUGAAACAAUCGUCUCGGAGCUCGAAGACGGAAUCUUCACCGAGCUAUUCACGGAGAAAUACAAGCGCGAAGGAUUGAUAAAGCACGCCUAUUACUUUGGCGCGCUCGCAUUGCGGCUCGGUGUCAAAAUUGGGGACGAGGACUUGAAGACCUUCAAAGCAAUCCUCAAGCGCCGUUUCCCAGGUGUGGAGGAGGUCAAGAUGCAGAUCAAGAAAGCCUUCGAAGCAUACAAGAAUGACGGAACACCGUGGGUUUUUGACGAUGCGGGGCAGCUUGAAGCAGCGAAGCAACAGGCCGCUAGUAAGGAUGAUGGCAACGUUGAUGCUAUUGGUAAGACAGACGGUCACGAUGAGCGCGCGGUGAGUAGCAAAAGCAAAGGGAAAACUACCGCGAAGAAGAGAAAAGCAACUGCGGACCCUGUGGAGGAGUCCUCUGGGAAUAGUGCUCCUGGUAACACCGCCAACACCGAUGCAUUCUAUUCUGAUAAGCUAAUGAAAGACCCUCCAGGACCUCGCAAGCGUCUCAAGGUCGAUGACAUGGCUGCAGCAGAAGUGUACGAGCUCUUGCAUCUUUUGUACGGCCGCUUAGCAGAGAUUGAAAAGGCCGAGAAGGACAUGGGAGAUACAGAAGUAGUGGAGGCAUGA